AUGUCUGGACGUGGAAAGGGUGCCGGUAAGGUCAGAGCAAAGGCAAAGACUCGCUCCUCUAGAGCCGGACUCCAGUUCCCAGUCGGCCGUGUUCACAGGCAUCUGAGGAAGGGUAACUAUGCUCAGCGUGUCGGUGCCGGAGCUCCCGUCUACUUGGCGGCGGUGCUGGAGUACCUCACCGCUGAGAUCCUGGAGUUGGCUGGAAACGCCGCCAGAGACAACAAGAAGACCAGGAUCAUCCCCCGCCAUCUGCAGCUGGCUGUCCGCAACGACGAGGAGCUGAACAAGCUGCUUGGAGGAGUGACCAUCGCUCAGGGAGGAGUGCUGCCCAACAUCCAGGCGGUGCUGCUGCCCAAGAAGACCGAGAAACCCGCCAAGAAGUAAAUCUCUCACACCAGAGUAACCAACAACACAAAGGCUCUUUUAAGAGCCACCCACUCCUCAGAAAGCGCUCACAUCCUCGUUUCUAUUAUACUGUACUUAUGAUUUUUUUUUCUUCAACUUUAUUAACCAAUAUCUGGCAUUACAUUCAAAAGAUUGCAUGAAAAAAUACUAUUUCCAGACAGAGCAUUUACAUUACAUUAUGUUAAGAACAGCACAUGCAUCAUAAAAUAAUUAAAAUAAAACAAAUCUCAGGUCUAAUCAGAAAUCAAUACA